AUGGCAGGUAAAAUGGCCAAACAGCUUGCGGGGAGUGGAACUGGUCAGAGUUUCAUGGAUAGAGUUACGCAAGCUAAAUACAGCUUAGCUGGAUCUGCUUUGGGGAAAGUCGUUGCUAAGGCUUCAACAGAAGAACUGAUUGCCCCCAAAAGAAAGCACUUGGAAAAGAAAUACUUUUCAAUGAAACCUUCUCAUUGCAAGACAGCUAUUGAACUUUAUCGGGAUUUUCCUAAUGUGAUGUCUAGAGUUGAUGAAUUCUUGACAGUAGCAGAGAGUCUUGGAAUUGGGGACAAGGAAUCGAUGGGAUUACAUCCUGUAAGACACUUCCUCAUAGGCAUCCUUUUUUCUGGUUUGAUGUCUGGAUUUUAUCCGACUAUCUGCCUACCGAAGGUGCCUCCGCAAAUACUUGAAGCAAUGGAACAGCAUCUUGCUCUUCUGAAAAAGAAGAAGGCUGGCGAAGAUGCUGAUAUUGACGAUGUGGAGGAGGUGACAGCGGUGGCUGCGAAGCCAAAGGAACCUGUAGCAAAACCACUGUCACCGGCAUCGAAAUUGAAGGCCAGUGCUUCCCCGGCUCGGCCGAAAUCACCCACCCGUCCGACCUCAUCACCGGGUGCAGUGAAGCAGGCCACAUCAACAGAUCCAGCAUCUACAGCCAAUAGUCUCCUAAUCGCCGACUUCGUCGAUACGGUGGCGGCUGACGAGACGAACGCCCAGGCGGCCGUAAAAGUGCCGCCUGCGGAGGUCGUAAUCACGGGUCCUGAUGGCGAAUGCACCGAGCCUGUAGAAGAUGAAGAGCAGACGGUGUUGGAGGAGGGACAAGAGGAGGAGCCGGAAAAGGAGGAGGGUGUGAGGGAAGAGGAGAGAGAGGAGGAUGAGGACGGAGGUGAAGGAGUGGGACUGUCGCCUGAACAGCAACAGGCCGUUAUUGCCGCAGCAACCAUUCAUUUUGUCCAGUCAGCAGAUCGCACCAACCAAGCAGUAAAACACUCGGUAACUCUCACCCCGCGACAAACGCGGAAAUCUUGGUUAGUGUCCUUUUUUUCUAGUUUGAAGCAGCGGUUCUUGGAGCUUAAUCACUGA